AUGUUAGGUUCAACUGCUCAAGCUGGUUGGUAUGAAUCAGUUUCACAAAUACAAAACCAAUGCAAUAAUUCAUCAUCUACAAGAACACAUCAAAAAAAGAACAAACAUUAUGAUUUACCUACAGAUGAUUGGAAACAGACAUGCAAACUCUUACCAAAUUAUAUGAACUUGUCUCAUCAUGAAUUCGAACGUUUACUCUGCAAAACUAUUCAAAUGGAUCAUUAUCAGAUUCAACAAUGCUUAGCAAGUACUGAAACAUUACAAUUAUCACAACAACUUGCUAUAUUCAUGUGUACUUUCUUUCAAUUGAAAAUCGAAGAAGACUAUUGGCACUACGUUGCCAAUUUAAACAUGCCUAUUGUGACUUGGUUAUCAGAAGUAUCGAAAGAUGUAAGAGAAAAAAAUUCCAUUAAUUGGGAUUAUUCGAAAACAAAACUAAAUAUUCAAUAUCAACAAAAUCUCAUUCAAAAUAAAUUACAACGGAUAGAAAUUAAUUUAUACAAUUAUUUACAACGAUAUUCAUCAAGCUUAAAAAUGAACGAUAAUAAAAUGUCUUUUGAACGAUGGAUGAAUAUCAUAUGCAAUGCUCUUGUUGUUCUCAUACAAACUGAUUUACAUCAUUUCAAUACAAAUUUUGAACAGAAGAAGAUCUUAUUUACCUAUGAUAUCAAUGGUGUACAUCUUGUCAAAUCAUUCUAUGAUUUAAAUCCAAUAGAAGAACAGGUUUAUUCUACUCAACAAAUUUGGCGAUCAAAAUUAAAAGCAUGUCAGGAAGCUAUUACUCAACAAAAGAGACGCUGGCCAAUGAGUGAUCAAGUUAUGGUUAAAGCAACAAUUCUAGGCAAUCGUUCGAUAACAAAUAUGAAACAAUAUGAAUUCGACAUUGAUGCUAAUAAUGAAAAGAAUCAAUUAUCAUCUAUGAAAUGCUUUUCUCCUUCAAUGCGUGCUAUUAUCCAAGCUCGUCUCGACCAUAUCAAACAACGUGCUCAGCAAAUUAAAAAAAUUAUUCAUGCUUCAUCUCAAGAAUAA